UGGCUGGAACUCGCUAUCUACUAAAACCUGUUUUCUACCCCUUAACUUUUCUUCUAUCAGUCAAAGCUGAUUUGCACAGGCUUUCAUCUCUCAAGUCCAGACACUCGCAAGAGUUGAUCUGCUUCGCUAAUUUUCUUCACCUUCCGACUCGGUAUUUAUCAAAACAUACCAAACAAAAAGCCGCUGCAAUCUUGUAGAUGAUGGCAACACCGUCAGAUCGAAAAGCCACCAUAAUCGAUGGUAAAGCCGUUGCGCAGACAAUUCGUUCUGAAAUUGCCGCUGAAGUUCGCCUGCUUUCAGAGAAAUACGGCAAGGUUCCGGGACUUGCGGUGGUGAUUGUAGGAUGCAGGAAGGAUUCUCAAAGCUAUGUGAGUAUGAAGAGGAAGGCAUGUGCUGAGGUUGGAAUUAAAUCGUUUGACAUUGACCUCCCCGAGCAAGUUUCUGAAGCUGAGCUCAUUUCAAAGGUUCAUGAGCUUAAUGCGAUGCCUGAUGUUCAUGGUAUAUUGGUUCAGCUUCCAUUGCCAAAGCAUAUAAAUGAAGAGAAAGUUUUAGGUGAAAUCAGUCUUGAGAAGGAUGUAGAUGGGUUUCAUCCUUUGAAUAUUGGCAAGCUUGCUAUGAAAGGCAGAGAACCACUUUUCCUUCCUUGCACCCCAAAGGGAUGUCUUGAACUUCUAUCGCGAAGUGGCAUAAGUAUAAAAGGGAAAAGAGCUGUUGUUGUGGGUCGAAGUAACAUAGUUGGACUGCCAGUUUCACUGCUACUGCUGAAAGCAGAUGCUACUGUUACCACGGUGCAUUCGCAUACUAAGGAUCCAGAAAAAAUCAUUCGCGAAGCAGACAUUAUCAUUGCUGCAGCAGGACAAGCAAUGAUGAUAAAGGGCAGUUGGAUCAAACCUGGUGCAGCAGUUAUUGAUGUUGGGACAAAUGCUAUUGAUGACCCAACUAAGAAGGCAGGUUAUAGGUUAGUAGGAGAUGUUGAUUACCAGGAAGCUUGUAAAGUAGCGGGAUGGAUAACUCCUGUUCCAGGUGGAGUGGGUCCAAUGACAGUUGCAAUGCUACUCAAAAAUACCCUUGAUGGUGCAAAGCGUGUGAUUGAGCAAUAAAGCUAUAUUUUGUUUUUGACUUCACAAUAAUGAUGUUCCUCAUUCUGUUUUGUUUUUUUCAUUGGAAAACACAAUUAAACAAUUUCAGCAGAUAAUAUAAUUUCAUUUUUCUUUAUA